UUAUUUUUUUCACUUUUUCAUUCCAGAUAAUUCUCAUCCUGAACGUUUAAAAGAGCCAAUAGACAUGUAUGAUAAAUCUAUGGAAGUCCGACAACCUAUGGAACAACACAGGCAAAACUUUCGGCGAACUCGAUCUCUACAAUUAGACCAAAGCAAUGGACAAAACUUUGGCUCCACAGUGAAUAGUUCAGUCUCUGAAUCCAAUUUUGAAGCUAGAUAUGAACAAGACCAUGGCUCAUCUCGAAAGAUAUCCAAUUUAAAUCAGCCUAAAUCAUCGUUUGAAUCAAAAGAAAACUCCAAAAUGAAUGAACAUUCAACCCAUUCUCAUCUUGAUGAAGAAUCUGAUACUGAUCAAGAAACUGAUCGCCUUUUAGGAGCACAAAGAAUCGAAGAGAAAAAUAACUUUGAUGAAAAGGUAAGCCUUUUUUGUUUACUGUCAUUUGAUAAUUCACGUAAAUAACCGCUCUUUUGAGCC